AUGGACGCCGUCGAUUACUCGGAGCACUACGAGGUCACCACGACCGAGGAGACGCCGUCGCUGCUCUCCGUCAUCAUCGACACCAACCCACGCGCCUGGGCCGUCCUCGAUGACGGCAGCGCCCCGCUCUCCCUCACCACCGCCGUCGCGAACCUCCUCGUCUUCAUCAACGCCCACCUCGCCUUCAGCGGCGCCAACCAGGUCGCCGUCAUCGCCGCCCACGUCAACCGCGCCGUCUGGCUGUACCCUUCCUCGCAGCAACACGCGAACCCCUCACAACAGCAUGGCUCGUCCUCCGCCGACGCUGACGCCGCCAUGGCCGACGCGGACAUCACCAACACAAGGUCCUCGGCCAACAAGUACCCGCAGUUUGCCCACAUCGAGGCCACGGUGAUGGCCUCGCUCAAGAAGCUCAUGGCCGAGAUGACGGAGCGCGACCUCGCAAGCACGACGACGCAGCUCUCCGGCGCGCUGACCCUCGCGCUGUGCCACACCAAUAAGGCCGCGCGCGCCCUCGGCGCUUCCGAGCUCGACAACGCCGCGCCCACCACCGCCGCCGGCCAAGGCACCGCCACCAGCGCGCCCCCGCCGAUGAAGGGCCGCAUCCUCGUGCUCUCCGUCUCCGACUCCGAGUCCGCGCAGUACAUACCCACCAUGAACGCCGUCUUCGCCGCCGCCCACGGCCGCGUCGCCAUUGACGCGCUCGCCCUCGCUGGCGACGCCACCUUCCUCCAGCAGGCGUGCUUCAACACCGGCGGCGUCUUCCUCCGCGCCGACGCCAACCCGCGGGGCCUGCUCGCCUACCUCAUGUUCGGCAUGGUCGCCGACGUCGAGGCCCGUGAGGCCCUCGUCCCGCCCACCCACGACACCGUCGACUUCCGCGCCGCCUGCUUCUGCCACGGCCGCGUCGUCGACACCGGCUUCGUCUGCUCCGUCUGCCUCUCCAUCUUCUGCGAGGCCCCCGCCGACGCCGAGUGCCUGACAUGCGGCACGAGGCUGCGUCUGGGCAGGUACGGCGCCAAGCCGGCCGUCAUCCCCCGCAAGAAGCGCAAGAAGAAGAAGGUCGUCAACGGCAGCGGCAGGGAGGAGACGAUGAGUGCCACGGGGACGCCGUUGAGGUGA